AUGGCUGAGCGAUACAUUCCCGAGCAUCGCCGAACUCAGUUCAAGGCUAAGAAUACUUUCAAGCCUGAGGAGCUCCGUCGUCGUCGCGAGGAGCAGCAAGUCGAGAUUCGAAAGGCCAAGCGUGAGGAGAACUUGGCCAAGCGUCGAGGUAUUGGUACCGGUGAGAACCGCCCUGGUGCUUCUCUCGGUGCCGCCCCUGAUAGUGAUGAUGAGUCCGCUCCUACCGAGUCCCAGUUGAAUGAGGACCUUCCUCAGAUGGUGCAGGGUGUCUUCUCGGACCAGAUCGAUUCGCAGAUUCAGGCCACAACCAAGUUCCGAAAGCUUCUUUCUAAGGAGCGCAACCCCCCGAUCGAGGAGGUCAUCAAGACCGGCGUCGUUAGUCGUUUUGUCGAGUUCUUGCGAUCCCCUCACACCCUGGUCCAGUUCGAGGCUGCCUGGGCUCUGACCAACAUCGCAUCCGGCUCCGCCACUCAGACACAGGUUGUCAUUGAGGCUGGCGCUGUCCCGAUUUUCGUCGAGCUUCUUGCUAGCCCCGAGCCCGAUGUCAGGGAACAAGCCGUCUGGGCCUUAGGCAACAUCGCUGGUGAUAGCCCUCACUGCCGUGACUAUGUCCUCAGCUGUGGUGCUCUUAAGCCUCUCCUUAACCUUCUCGGCGAUAGCCGUAAGCUUAGCAUGCUUCGCAAUGCUACCUGGACACUUAGCAACUUCUGCCGUGGCAAGACCCCCCAGCCUGACUGGACUACUAUUGCCCCCGCGCUUCCUGUCUUGUCCAAGCUCGUCUACUCCCUUGAUGACGAAGUCCUCAUCGAUGCCUGCUGGGCUAUCUCUUACCUCUCCGAUGGAUCCAAUGACAAGAUCCAGGCCGUUAUUGAGGCUGGCAUUCCUCGUCGACUGGUUGAGCUUCUUAUGCACGCUUCUACGUCCGUCCAGACUCCCGCCCUGCGCUCCGUUGGCAACAUUGUUACCGGUGACGACGUUCAAACACAGGUCAUUAUCAACUGCGGCGCCCUACCCUGCCUCCUGUCCCUUCUGAGCUCUACCAAGGAUGGCAUCCGAAAGGAGGCAUGCUGGACAAUUUCCAACAUCACUGCUGGCAACUCUUCUCAAAUCCAGGCCGUCAUCGAUGCCAACAUUGUUCCUCCUCUGAUCCACCUUCUGCAGAACGGAGACCUCAAAACCCGCAAGGAGGCUUGCUGGGCUAUUAGCAACGCCACCUCUGGUGGUCUGCAGAAGCCGGAGCAAAUCCGCUAUCUGGUUUCCCAGGGGUGCAUCAAGCCCCUUUGCGAUCUACUUGGCUGCCCCGAUAACAAGAUCAUUCAAGUUGCGCUGGACGGUCUUGAGAAUAUCCUCAAGAUCGGUGACCUCGACAAGCAGGCCGCUGGUGAGUCUGGCGACUCCAUCAACCGGUAUGCUCUGUUCAUUGAGGAGUGUGGUGGCAUGGAGAAGAUCCACGACUGCCAGAACAAUGCCAACGAGGAGAUUUACAUGAAGGCCUACAACAUCAUCGAGAAGUACUUCUCAGACGAUGAGGAGAACGCCGAUGAGGGUAUGGCCCAACAACCUGCUGGCCCCAACGGCACAUUCGGCUUCGGUACCAACGGUGCUGCUCCCUCAGGCGGUUUCGACUUUGCCAAGGGUAGCGACGCCAUGGACAUGUAA